CCCGUGUUUGUAACAGGGGUACCGCCAUUGUUAAUGUGAGCGUCCAGGGCAAGAGUUGUGUUUUACGUGUUAGUUUUCAUCGAAAUAAACAUCCAGUAUAUUAUUUAAAUAUCAGUUAUUUAGGUUUUUACAAAGUAGUCGGUUUUUAAAGGGCAUUUAUGUCUGCUGGAUAUGGGAGCAAUGUUUGUGUUGUCACUCCGCUCUCCCUGGGCUAUAUGUAGCCGCUUUUGUUUUGGCGGAGAGAAAGGGAGGCCAUUUUAGGCGACUUUGCCUAGAAUAUCGCUUUCUGUUCUGCUUUUCUUUUUUUUGCUGAUUUUGGACGCUGUGAAUUGUUGGAGAAAGGGGACUUCGUUUUUGUUGUUAUUUGUUUGUAGAGAAUCGAUUUAUGUUGUUAUUUGGACUAAAAAUGAACCCACGACAAAGAAGAGACUUUUGAGAUCGUUCUCGCAGGUAUCGUGGUCUCGGAAAAAGCGACUGUGCCUUUACGCCAGUGACUAUAUUCUUCAGUUGUAUGAUCUUUAUUACGAAUUGUCGCCGAAGAAAGUUCGAUUUUUGGACAUUGUCUUGAAAGGACGUCAGCGCACGUGUUGUUUAAAUGAUGGACUUCUAAAGAACCGAUUUGAUGAAUUGCCUCUUUAUAUUUGAUGACCUAAACUUAUGGUGUGGUUGAAUAAGGGUCUUUUCGAUUUUACCGUUAUAUUUAAUAGCUGCUUACGAAAAUAACUCCUGAACUUAAUUUAAGGUUUUUGGGAGAUAGAGAAUCGAACAUAUACAAUGCCUAGCUAGAUAUAUAUUUAACGUUUAAUACACCAUUGAUUGUUCAUCAUUUGUUUCAUUUGUUAGACCUUGUGUAAUCUCAUAAAAUGUCUUGUGUACAUUAUAAGUUUUCCUCUAAACUGAACUAUGACACGGUCACUUUUGAUGGCCUCCACAUCACAUUAUGUGAUCUCAAAAAGCAGAUCAUGGGAAGAGAGAGGCUGAAGGCGUCGGAUUGCGAUCUUCAGAUUACCAAUGCACAGACUAAAGAAGAGUACACAGAUGAUGGCGCCCUUAUUCCCAAAAAUUCUUCUGUCAUUAUUCGAAGGAUUCCUAUUGGAGGAGUUAAAGCUACUAGCAAAACAUAUGUCAUUGAUCGUACUGAAUCUUCAAGUGGAUCUUCAAAAGCAAUUGAUGAUUCUGCUGCUUCUAUUACACUGGCCCAGCUAUCGAAGACCGCCAAUUUGGCAGAAGCUAAUGCAUCCGAAGACGAUAAAAUUAGAGCAAUGAUGUCACAGUCCAACCAUGAGUAUGAUCCAGUUCAUUACAUGAAGAAGCUUUUGGGGCCGCCACCACCCAAUUACACUUGUUUUCGUUGUAUGAAAACUGGACACUAUAUUAGAAACUGUCCAACCAAUGGGGACAAAAAUUUUGAAUCAACUCCAAGGAUAAAAAAGAGCACUGGGAUUCCUCGAAGCUUCAUGAUGGAGGUUGAUGACCCGAACAUGAAAGGAGCCAUGCUUACAAACACUGGGAAAUAUGCUAUUCCAACUAUUGAUGCUGAAGCCUAUGCGAUUGGAAAAAAGGAGAAGCCCCCUUUCCUCCCACAGGAGCAGUCUUCAUCUUCUGACGAGGAGGACCCUGUCCCUGAUGAGCUGCUGUGCCUGAUUUGCAAGGAUAUCAUGAAUGAUGCAGUCGUAAUUCCAUGCUGUGGAAACAGUUACUGUGAUGAUUGUAUUAGAACAUUUCUGCUGGAGUCAGAUGAACAUAUGUGUCCUACUUGCAAUCAGACGGAUGUUUCACCUGAUUGCUUGAUUGCCAAUAAAUUUUUACGACAGGCUGUAAACAAUUUUAAAAAUGAAACUGGCUACACCAAAAGGCUUCGUAAGGGACAGGCUCUGCAAACUGCACCGAUGCAGGGUCAGUCCAGACCACAAGUGCAGCGUCCUGUCCAGCCAGCUGCAAGACCGACAUCCUCCAGGCAGCAGGAUCCCCUAGUGGCCAAUAUCCCUGCACCUGUUGCUACUCCUUCCCCCGUCAUUCCUGCUGCUAUACCCACUCCAGUGCCGCACCAGACACAGACCCCUGCCGCUGUUCCACCUGCUGCACCAAUUGUCCAGGUGAAUCUUGUCUCCAGUGGCCCUACUUUAGAAGUGUCCACGUCGGUGCCCUCUCCACAGCCACCAGGGAAGCACGAAGAACCUGUUUCAGUAAAAGAGCCUGAGAGAAUUGUUUUAACUCCUGCCACAUCUUUGAUGGUUUCUGCAGCUACAUCUAUGACAACAUCUUCUGUUCCAAAGGUUCCUGUGCUUGGUCAACCUCAUUCAGUUGGCCACUCUAUACCUACAACAGAUUUUUUUUCAGGUCAGCCAAUGAGAACCACCACUGUUCGUCCUGGUGGCAGUCGACAAGGCUGGGAUGCUUCAUCCAGCAGAGGUCGACCGCAGAGUGACCGGCCUUCCAGAACACAAGCGACUACUUUGCCAAGCAUGGCCCCUGUUUACGUGCCUCCCCCGUCUCUUUUCCCUCCUCCCUCCCACACCUUGCCUCUUCCACCUGGAGUGCCACUUCCUCAGUUCCCUCCUCUGUUUCAGCCACCUACCACUGGGUACAGUGUUCCCCCUCCAUUGUUCCCUCCAGUCUCAACAACUGUUGCAGCUCCAUGGGUUCCCACUGUAACCACUGUAGCACAGGGCAGUGCCAUUCCUACCAUCCCACAGGCACCCCCGCUAUCUAGGGAAGAGUUCUACAGGCAACAGCGUAGACUAAAAGAGGAUUCCAACUGUCGCUUCGUUGGUAGGGAGAAGUCUAAGCUUGAUGAGUUUACUAACGACUUUGCUAAAGAAUUAUUGGAAUAUAGAAAGAUCCAAAAGGAAAGGAGGCGAUCCUAUUCAAGGUCAAAGUCGCCAUACAGCGGCUCAUCGUUCAGUGGCAGUUCCUACUCUUACUCAAAAUCCAGAUCACGAUCCUCCCGAUCCUACUCGAGGUCUGGCAGCCGAUCCCAUUCUCGCUCCUACUCCAGAUCUCCAGUGUACUCCCGAAGAGGUGGGGGAGGCAGGAGCCGGAGUUAUCGCUCCAGGUCGCGAUCACACGGAUAUCGCCGAUCCCGGACCAGGUCCCCUGCUUAUCGAGGAGGAGGAGGAGGAGGAGGAGGAGGAGGAGGAGGAUAUCGCUCUCGUUCAAGAUCUCCAGGGUACCGGGGCCAUACCCCCAGUAAACGACCUGCACCACCGCCACAGCCUGAAGGUGACAGAGAGCACUUCAACAGAUAUAGAGAGCCGCCCCCCUAUGAUGCCAAGGCUUCCUAUGGUCGUUCUGUGGACCAGAGAGACCCUUUUGAGAGGGAAAGAUACAGGGAGUGGGAAAGGAAGUACCGAGAAUGGUAUAACGAAUACUACACCCCCCCUGGCAAUCAGCCAAGGCCUAGGCCUCCUCCAUCUAAUAGAGAACAUUUCAUUGCAGAACGGUUUGGCCCACCAGUGGUCAGACGGGACAAUUCACCAUACAGUCGAGGUCGCAGAGAGGACUACCCUCCAUCUGGGCAGAGUCAGAGCCAGAGAGUUCGUAAUGUGCCUGGAAACUAUCCUGAGAAGUUUGUCUAUAAAGAAGGGCACAAAAGCAGCAAAGAGCCUAGAAAAUCAAAGGAAAAAGAAGCAGAUAAUCCUCUAGCCGAUGGAAAAGGUAUCAAACAUAAAAAGCACAGGAAAAAGAGGAAAGGCGAUGAGAAUGAACUGUUCCCUGGUGUAGAUUCUUUAGAUGGCUCGAGAAAACCCACCGGUGGUGACGAAGGUAAGGGGGAUUCUGUAUUGAUGCCUCCAAGCAGGGAUGAUGCCACCCCUGUCAGAGAUGAACCCAUGGAAAGUCCAUCUGUCCUCUAUAAAGCUAUGGCUGAGAAAGACAAAAGGGAAAAGGUGAAAGCAAAGGGUGAAAAACUUAAGCGCAAACCAGAAAGCGGCGCUCCCAAGAAAGACUCCUCGGUGAAGACCCACAAACCGUCCAGAGAAAAGCAGGUUGAUGCAGACAAUGAGAAGUCUUCACGUGUGGAGCCCCCAAUGAAAAAGCCAAAAGAAGAUUCUUCUCAGAAGGCUGAAGCUUCAAAGCAGCACGUGUCCCAGAAAGAGGACAAGGCUGCUCUGUCCCGCAAAGGACAGCAGAAACCAGCUAAACACCAUCAAGAGCCUAAAGUGGUUAAAGAGGAGAAGACCAAGGAGAAGAAAGAGUAUGUCAAGGAGGCAUCUAAACAUGAAAAGUUCCCAAGCAAGGAGGAGAAACCAAAGAAAUAUGUGGAAAAGGCGGCUAAAGUUGAGGACAAAUCUAGAAAAACCUCAGAUGUUAAACAAGAGAAGAGGAAAAGAAAAGAAGAAAAACACAUAGAAAAAGAUCUUGAAAUGCCUCUUAAGUCCCCUAGAAUUGAAACUGUAGAAGUGGCAAAGCAAGUGGUAAAGCAAUCUCCAAAAUCAAAACCUGAGCCUGAGAAAUAUCCAGAAAAGACAAUUGCCAAGCCUGUAGUGGAAAAGGUAGAUAAAGAAGAGAGAAUUGUUCCAGUGAGAAAGAUCAAAAUCAACCGUGAGACUGGCAAAAAGAUUGUAAGCGGGGAAAACAUAGCUCUAGUGGAAGAAACAGAUGGAGCAGAAAACAUUAGGGCAGAAAAAAUGAAAACAAAAAUACGAAGAAAAGUACAAGCUGCAGAUGGAACAGCUUCUACCUUGGUAGAUUACACCAGCACUAGCUCCACAGGAGGCAGCCCAGUUAGAAGACUAGAAGAAAAGCUGGACAUGAAAAAGACAGUGGUGAAGACCAUGGAAGAGUACAACAAUGACAGCUCAACUCCAGCAGAAGACGAGAUUGUUAUGAUCCAAGUUCCUCUUUCAAAAUGGGAGAAGGAAGACUAUGAAUCGGAAGAUGAUGAUGCUAAGUCAGCAUUGGUUGCUGGGAGUGGAAAAUCUGCUAUUGUGAAAAAUGUUGCUGUAACAUCUUCCAGCGAGGUAAAACAGACUGACAAGGACUCUCCACAGUUUGAGAAAAUGCCCAAAGCGGCCAAAGAGCCUGCCAGUGAGGAACUUCAGCCUGAAUCCAAAGUUUUGAAGACAAUUGUGCCAAGCGAAAAGGAGGAGAUUGGCGAAAAGGAGAUUGGAGAAAAGGAGAUGAUCAGAGAAAAGGAGAAGAUCAGUGAAAAGGUGAUCAGAGAAAAAGAGAUCAGAGAAAAGGAGAAGAGCAGUGAAAAGGAGAUCAGAGAAAAGGAGAAGAGCAGCGAAAAGGAGAUCAGAGAAAAGGAACAUCCAGCUGUAGACAUGGAAAAGAGGAAAGCACCUCCUUCCCAGUCAGACAAAGAAAGAAACCCGGAUAGGUCCAGUGAUAAAGGGAGUGAAAAAAGUGUCUCCUCGUACUCCUCUUCUAAAGACAGAACUGCAGAAAAAUCUAAUGCUGGUUCCCGGGCAUCUUCAGUUAAAGACAAUUUAACAGCCAUUGACAAAAAGACAGAUUAUGCUGGAAGUAACCGAGAUAACCCGAGCUCUAGGCGUAAAGAAGAAAAACUGAAAGAAUCCAACAAGAGGAGGGACUCCCCUUCCCUAACUAAAGAACAUGCUCCAAGUCAAAAGAGCAGAGAUAGGGGUGUGCAUGUUGACAUUCCAAGGAAAGUCGCAACAGAAUCAAAGAGAUCUGAUCAUAGUCCUGCAAGGGACAAAAAGACACGUACAGAUUACAAAAAUGCCCCAGAUUUAAAGCGUGCAGUAGUGGAUGACCAUCGAUCAGACAAAAUGUCUAGUAAAGAUACAAACAGACAUGCAACCACAGAGAUGAGAAGCAAAAAGGAAAAGGAAAGGGAUCAUGGUGGUUACAAGUCACAUAGGUCCGAGUCCCCCGAUGUUAGGACUGACACGGAGAGAACUGUUGGCCGAAAUGAGCGUGAGCACAAUAAGAACAAGCCACUGCUCGUCCGAUCUGCCCGGCUGUCAUCUGACUUGGCCAGAGAAACCGACGAGGCUGCUUUCGUGCCUGACUACAGCGAGAGCGACGGUGAGAGCGAAGCCUCUGAUCAUAACCAUAAGCUUGAACAAGUUAAAGAGAAGGGGGUGGUGGCAGCUCCCCUUCCUCCCAGUUUGAGCCCAACCCCAAGCCAGAGUACAAGUGUGAACCGCAGUCACAACCAGAGCCCCACAGAGAGCCAGCCUCACAGCCGCAGCAGCAGUGCCAGCUCUGCCGGCAGCCAAGACAGCAAGAAAAAGAAGAAGAAAAAGGACAAGAAGCACAAAAAGCACAAGAAACACAAAAAACACAAGAAGCACGCAGGCAACGAAUCUGAUCCCGAAAACAAAGGCCAGAAACACAAGCAUAAGAAAAAGAAAUCUAAGAAGAGCAAGGAAAAGGAUGACCAAAAACCAAAAGUUUCUGUAUGAAUGCGACAGAUCAGAAAUGAAUUGACUUAAUUACCAAAUCAUUUGUAAUAAUGUCGUUGUAAUGUAAAGAAAAUCCAACUUGUAAAUAAUCACAUGGAUUAAAUGUGCUGCAUGUAAAAUUGCUGCUCAGCUGAUUUUUUUUUUUUUUUUUUUUUU